CCCCAAAAGAGGUGGGCGGGAGCCGACGCAGAGAGAGCGCGGCUGCGAGGACGCCGGCCGGUGUCCGCGGGGCGGCGCUGCGCCCUGCGCGGGUGCCCGCUCUCCCGCCCGCGCUGCGUUGGGCUCGGUGCGCAGGGCGGCGAGGGGCGCAGGUCCCGGGCCCGCGGCGAUGCAGUGCCUGGGCGGCGAGUACGUGGUUUCCGAAGAGACAACUCCCAGGCAAAGAGAGUGGAGACCCCAGCUUUAUAGGAAAUGCACAGAUACGGCAUGGUUAUUCCUGUUCUUUCUCUUUUGGACUGGUUUGGUGUUCAUCAUGGGCUACUCGGUGGUGGCAGGAGCUACAGGACGACUCCUCUUUGGCUACGACAGCUAUGGCAAUGUAUGUGGCAAGAAGAACUCCCCGGUGGAAGGGGCCCCCCUGUCGGGACAGGACAUGACCCUCAAAAGACACAUGUUCUUUAUGAAUUCCUGCAACCCAGAAAUCAAAGAUACGAGGCUCGGUUCCACUGCCCUCUGUGUGUCCAGCUGUCCUGAAGAGCAGCUCAGCACUCUGGAAGAGAUCCAGCUCUUUGCAGACACCAAUGGGUCUUUCCUGUGUGUGUAUAGUUUGAAUUCCUUCAACUACACACAGAGUCCAAAUGCAGACUCAUUGUGUCCCAGGCUACCAGUUCCUCCCAGCAAGUCUUUCCCCUUGUUUAACCGGUGCAUACCUCAAACACCUGAGUGCUAUUCCCUGUUUGCAUCUGUUUUGAUAAAUGAUGUUGACACGCUCCAUCAAAUUCUAAGUGGAAUUAUGUCAGGAAGAGACACCAUCCUUGGCCUGUGUAUCCUUGCAUUAGCGUUGUCUUUGGCCAUGAUGCUCAUGUUCCGAUUCAUCACCACUCUUCUGGUUCACCUUAUCAUUUCAUUGGUUAUUUUGGGAUUAUUGUUUGUCUGCGGUGUCUUAUGGUGGCUGUAUUAUGACUAUACCAUUAACCUCAGCAUAGAAUUGGACACAGAAAAGGAAAAUAUGAAGUGUGUACUGGGGUUUGCUAUCGUAUCUUCGAUCAUCACGGCAAGUCUGAUCGUCUUGAUUUUUAUCCUCAGAAAGAGAAUAAAAUUGACUGUUGAGCUCUUCCAAGUCACAAAUAAAGCAUUCAGCAGCUCUCCUUUCCUGCUGUUCCAACCACUGUGGACGUUCGCCAUCCUCAUUUUCUUCUGGGUGCUCUGGGUGGCUGUACUGCUGAGCCUGGGAACUGCUGGCAGUGCCCAGGUUAUUGAAGGUGGCCAAGUGGAAUUUACUCCUCUUUUGGGCAUUCGGUACAUGUGGUGGUACCAUUUAAUUGGCCUCAUCUGGACUAGCGAAUUCAUCCUUGCAUGUCAGCAAAUGACUAUAACCGGAGUGGUGGUGAGCUGGUAUUUCAACAGAAAUAAAAAUGAUCCUUCUGACCAUCCAAUUCUUUCAUCCCUCUCCAUUCUUCUCUGUUACCACCAAGGAACAGUGGUGAAAGGGUCAUUUUUUAUCACUUUGGCGAGGAUUCCAAGAGUCAUUCUCAUGUACAUUCACGACACGCUAAAAGACAAGCAUAGUGCGUGCUCUAGGGGUGUGUUCAGAUGCUGCUGCUGCUGUUUCUCAUAUCUUGCCAGACUCUUGCAUCAUCUCAACCAGAAUGCAUACACUACAACUGCCAUUAAUGGAACAGAUUUUUGUACAUCAACAAAAGAUUCACUCAAAAUCUUAUCCAAGAAUUCAAAUCAUUUUACAUCUGUUAACUGUUUUGGAGACUUCGUAAUUUUUCUGGGAAAGGUGUUGGUGGUGUGCUUCACUGUUUUUGCAGGACUGAUGGCAUUUAACUACAACCGCACAUUGCAGGUGUGGGCAAUCCCUCUGUUACUCGUGGCUUUUUUUGCCUGCUUAGUGGCUCAUAGUUUUUUAUCUGUGUUUGAAACGGUGCUGGAUGUACUUUUCCUGUGUUUUACUGUUGAUCUGGAAACAAAUGAUGGAUCGUCAGAAAAGCCCUACUUUAUGGACCAAGAGUUUUUGAGUUUCAUAAGAAAGAUCAACAAAUCUAACAGUACAGUGGCACAGAUAGACAAAGACCAAUUAAAGAAUGAAGAGGGAACAGAACUCCGGCCCAUCGUGAGAUAGGCGCUCAUCAGACUUUUGUAACUAGAGAAAGUGACCUUCAGAGCCACUGACAAUAAAAGAUGUGAUAGGCCCUCA